GCACGGAUUUGCUCGCACAUUCUGCGACCUCCACUGCAUCCGCGAUGCCGUGAGAAAAGGUGAUGACGCCAUUCUCCGGGCCUUGGAGGAGGCAGUCGAAAUCGUCGGAAAGAACACGCAGAUCCUCUUGGAGCACUAUGUAGGCGAGAAACCCGGCCAAGCUGCCCUGAAUGAGGAG